AUGGUCGCUCUUUUUCGCCAUAGCAACCAAAAUGCACCGAUUCACUUAUUUCUUGAGUUAGCUAUUGUGGAGUCAACAGAAGAUCCAACUCCAUUAGGUGAAGAAGAUGGACCUCAAGAGCCGUGUACGGUGGUUCCGAUAUCAUACGUUGGUAGUCAAUCAACUACACAUGGGAUUGACAUUGAUCUUAAUGCUAUACCCGAUACUGAUGUGGGUGGUGAUGAUGUAUACCGAAGUAGUGAUCCUUCUGAUUAUGAAGUCGAUAUUGAUAGUGAUCCCGACGUGGAUGAUGUCCCAGAUGAUAUUGACGAUGAAGGUGUGAACGAGGAUGGAAAUAUUAAUGCGUCUUUAGUCGGGAACCAGAUCCGUCGUAUUGUGAUACACAAUAAUCCUGAGGCACACAUGUCUCGGAUAGACCCCGAUGCGGCGCAUGCAGCCGAGUUCCCGGAGUACCCUGAGAUACUACCUGCUCACCAGAUGGCCAUAUAUUCUGAUCCUGAGGAGUUGUUCGUGGGCCAGAGAUUCGAAAGUAAAGAAGAGUGCGUAUUUGCCAUUAAGCGGUAUAGUAUGAAUAUAUCAGUAGACUACAAAGUCGUCGAGUCUAAACCGACAUUAUAUAUUGGAGAGUGUUGGAAGUCGGCGAAGGUCGCAAGUGGCGGAUCGAAAUGCAUUUAUCCGAAGUCUCGGAUGUGGGAGAUACGAAAAUUUGUUCAGCCUCACACAUGUACUUCAACACGAAUGACAGAAGAUCAUCGAAAACUUGAUUCGAAAACUAUCUGUACAUGCAUCAUGCCAAUGGUUGAAGACAUGCCGACCAUUAAAGUUUCGGUAUUAAUUACCGAAAUGCAGGCACGAUUCCAGUAUCAAGUAUUAUACCGAAAGGCAUGGAUAGCUAAACAGAUGGCAAUGGAGCAAUUAUACGGAAAUUUUGAUGCAUCGUACAAUGAGUUACAGGGAUGGAUUGCAGCAAUGAGGGAGUACAUACCAGGGACUGUCAUUGAGUUGCAGACACGACCUUAUUAUGGCCCGGAUGAGCAACGGCAACCGGGUAAAAGGAUUUUCCAACGGAUGUUUUGGACAUUUGAUCCAUGUGUGCGUGCAUUUCCCCACUGUAAGCCAUUUGUGCAAGUGGAUGGGACAUGGCUAUACGGUAAAUAUACACAAAUCUUACUUAUUGCGAUUGCUCAAGACGGGAACAGGAACGUGCUACCGAUUGCAUUUGCCAUCGUAGAUAAAGAAAACAUGGAGUCGUGGGAAUUCUUUCUUACAAAUCUGCGGAGGUAUGUAAUUAGUAAUGAUAAUAUUUGCAUCAUCUUCGAUAGAGGAAAGGAUUAA